AAGAUUUAGAAGGCAGAUGUUUGCUGCUGCUGCUGGUGGAUCCAAAUGCCACAAAUGGAGACUUUUUGAUGAGGGGCGUCUCAAACAUGGAAUGGAGCAGCAGUAAAGAAAACGAUGAACAGCCGUUUGGGUCAACCAGAUACUGAAGAGAGCCGAUCAUUUUCACUUUCUUUGUUCAUCUGCUGGAAUAACAGAGCCAUUCCCCGAAGUGCUCCAUUUUGAGGUCCUGUGUCGGAAGAGGCAGCUUUUGCUGUCGGGUGUAAACUAGGCAAGAUGCCCAUCCGUGUGAAUGACAUGAUGCAACUUCUGGGUUAUGUAUCUGAAAAGCGGGAAAUCCGAGCCGCCAUCAAGCACUCGGGACGAGGGGCGCUGGUCGCGGGUGCGACUGCCUUUGUCGGAGGCUUGGUGGGAGGGCCCCCUGGCAUAGCUGUAGGAGGUGCCGUUGGUGGCUUGAUCGGCUGCUGGAUGACCGCUGGACAGUUCAAGCCAGUCCCUCAGAUCAUCCUGGAACUGACUCCCAGAGAGAAAAGGCGGCUUUAUGACAGUGCUUGUGCCAUCGUUAGGGAUCUAGACUGGACCGACAUGGCACAGUUGACGGCAUUGGUCAUGGCCAAUGCAGCCAUUCAAGAAAGAUUGCUAGCCAUGCUUGUCACUUACCUCACCAAUGAGCUCAAGGCUGAAAUCCAAUACGGAAAGUAGACAAAGCAAGAUAAGCAGCUGCAUGUGCACAUAGUGGGUUACAGUUUGCAGUGAUUAGUGUUUUACUCUUAUUAUGGCAGGGGUGGAUGUAAUGGAUGUUUUAACCCAAUAGGUUCCCAUUUUUUUUAAAAUCAGGUGUACCCCUUUUGUCACAAACCUUCAGUUCAUCUCCCUUCAGCGAGGGGUUGUGUGUGCAUGCGUGCAUGCGCAGACACACAAAUGUGUGUAUGCACAUUGAACACACACAGUUUUGAAACAGGCUUCUCCAGUCCCUGGCUGACAUCCUGAUUAAGUGACUCAUCAGUACUCUCAUUAAAGUUAAUGGGGUAUGUUUACUUGUUAAUUUCAAUGGGAGCGAGUACUCGGAACUAAUUUUCUGAAGCUUGUCAGUCAUGCUGAGCUUCAGCAUGUAGCCAGCCAAUCGGGAGCAGAGGGGGAGGGUCGUCAUACUUCCCCUUCUGCAGCAGACACAUCGUGGGCUUCAGCCCAGUGUCUUCAGAUGGGGACCUGAUAGCAUGGCUGCAAUGUGGGGAGGCCAGAGGGCUCUGGGUACCAGAGUGGGAGCCCUUCAAGUGCCCUGGGGUACUAGUAACCCCUGUUGGGAACGGAUUAAGGUAAGGGUGAAUGAUUUACCUGCAUUAGUAAAUCAUUUCAUUGUACUGUAUUAGGGUGUAUUAGGGUAAAGUGAAUGAUGUCACUUUAGUAACUGAAUAUCGUGGCAAAGGGUAAAUUUGCUGCCCCCUAUUCCUUAGUGAGGUCCCUAUCUUAGUGAGCAGGGAACCACAACUGAUCUGCUGACUGAGCCCCCAUCUUUUGCUUCCCUCACAUGCCCCAAUGCUCUUUUUGUCCCCCUUUUCGUAUUAAUGGUGUUUCCUCAUAUUGCUGCAUUUUUCACUUCCAAAAAAAGAAACACUGCUUUAGUGCACAAUAAGGGACCAGAAAAGCAGCACAGAAAUGUCUCAAUACACAUAGUUUUGAAAGUCUGAAUGAGCCUUUUUUAAAGUGCAAAGCCAACAACGUAACAAAUCUGCAUUUUCUAUUCCUAGUCACUGCAUUCAAAUAAACUGUCUGCUCCUGA